UUCACAACAACAACGGAAUUUUCCCGACAAUUGACGCACGUUUAUUCGAAUUCCCUCAAAUCUCUCAUCUUGUUCAUUUCGCCCUUGCAGUUCCCUUUUUUUCUUUUCCAAAACUCUUUUUCUUUUCACAUUACUUGCAAAGUCGUUUUCUUUUUUUGAUCAUGGUCAGCUCUUACACUCGCUCCGAUUCUCCUUUGGGACGAAUGAUCUCUUUGAUUGAAGUCCCUCGUUCUCCUCUACGCUUUGUCAUUUUGGAUUGUCCAACCGAGUCCACUCUUUCCUAUUACCUGGAUGCUUUCAAACAGUUCAACGUGACUCACGUUGUUCGCUGUUGCCAACAAACUUACAGUGCAGCUCGUCUGACUGAACAGGGCAUCCAAGUUCAUGAUAUGCCCUUCAAGGAUGGUGGCGUGCCGCCACCUGCGGUUGUACGAGAAUGGCUUUGUCUUGUUGAUGCCCAGGAACGAAUUGGAAGAACCGAUUUCACUUGCCCAGCACCCACCAUUGCUGUCCAUUGUGUGGCCGGUCUCGGUCGUGCUCCUGUUUUGGUUGCCAUCGCUCUCAUUGAGCUCGGUAUGCAGCCACUGGAUGCGAUCGAAUUCAUCAGGAGAAAACGCAGGGGAGCAUUCAACAAACCACAAAUCGCCUUCUUGGUAAUAAGAGGAUCCAAAAAAAGAAAAAAAAGAGCAGUACUACAUUGGGAAAUCAUGCUGACUUGGUUUGUUUUAUUUGCAUGGUUUUUUAGGACUUAUACAAGCGCACUAUGAAAACCAAAACUUCAUCCACCAUUUCUUUCAAAACGUCUCUCGGUAAAAUGUUUCGAUUCGGUGCAAACAAUACUUCUCACAAUGGCAACAACAACGCCAAUAAUACCUCCAAAAAGCAAGAACUAGUGAUCCAUUGAAUCCAUGGCCGCCAGUCUUAUCGCAUUUGUAGAUCAGCUGGACGAAUCUUUGCCGAAAAUAGAUA